AUGUCACAGGAACAAUACGAGACUUUCAAGCUUGGAGACUGGCAGCUCCAAAGCGGGGAGAAGAUCGAAAAUGCCCAUAUCGCAUAUAAAACAUUCGGCGAUCCCAAGUCUCCGGCAAUCGUCUAUCCAACCUGGUUCUCCGGAAGGAUCUCUGACAAUUUCUGGUUAAUCGGAGAGCACAAAUUCCUGAAUCCGGAGAGAUUCUUUAUCAUCAUUCCUGCGCUCUUUGGAAAUGGCCAGUCCUCCUCACCCUCGAACCAGCCGAACCCGGGGCCGUUCCCAAAGGUAUCGUUCUACGACAAUGUGCGGGCGCAGCAUGAGCUAGUUACCAAGCAUUUCGCCAUUGCGCAUUUGCGCGCUGUUAUCGGUUGGUCUAUGGGAGGAGCCCAGACCUUUCAGUGGGCAACGCAGUAUCCCGACUUCAUGGACAUUGUAGUUCCGUUUUGUUCCUCCGCGAAAACUUCUCUUCACAACCAGGUAUUCCUGGAGGGCGUCAAAGCCUCCCUGAUUGCAGUGAAGAAGAGCUGUUCUGCGGGGACGGGAAAGAUCGGCAUCAAUAGAGAAACCACAGAGGCGCAUGCAUGGACAGCUGAAGAGAAGGAUGUUGGCCUCAAGGCGAUGGGGCGUGUGUAUGCUGGAUGGGGAUUCAGCCAGGCGUUUUAUCGACAAAGGUUAUAUGAAACCGUCCUAGGGUUCAAGGAUCUUGAGGACUUCAUGGUCAACUUCUGGGAAAAAUGGGCUUGUUCCAAAGAACCCGAAAAUCUGCUAGUUAUGCUACAGACUUGGCAAAAUGGCGAUGUCUCGCAACAAGAGCCACACAACGGCAACUUUGAAAGAGCGAUGGCAUCCAUCAAAGCCAAGGCGCUCGUUUUACCCUCAAACACCGAUCUCUACUUCCCACCAGAAGACUCCGAGUAUGAGGUUGCUUGCAUGAAGCCAGGUGUUGGAACACUGGAUAUUUACCCAUCAAUCUGGGGUCACUGGGCAGGGGGCCCCGGUGACAGCAAGGAGGACGUUGAGUGGCUUGAUAACAAGCUUACCCAAUUCUUUGCGGACAACAAAGGUGACGAUGUCGAAUCUUUGACCAAAAAGCUUCAAAGCACGCUGAGUUGA